GGAGUAAACAGAAAAAUAAUUCAAGGAACUCAUUUUUCCAUUCAGCAAAGGGAUCAAAUUUGUUUCAUUUUUUAUAAAAAAUUAAAUUGCAAAAUGUUUUCUUUGCGGUCAUUUACAACUAAAAAUGUGUGUAAAAGGUCAAAUUUUAAAUAUCUGUACAGGAAUAAUAACUUGUUUAUUUAUUCAGAAUCAGAUUUCUCAAAUUCAUGUCUGAGAGCAAAUUCUAAAGCAAAUGGAACAUCUAAUAAUAUUGAAGAAUUGCAACCAAGUACUUCAGAAUCAUCCAAUAACCCCAGUAUGAUCCCUCACAAGGAGUCAACAGAAAAAAAUGAGAUGGACUUGCUUGGUUUAGCUUCUAACUUUAAAAGUUUAAAUGACAAAACAUUCAAAUCGUUAUCGUCAUUUCAUACUUCACUUACCAACUCUACAUCAACUCAGUCGAUUGCAAGUCAGAAACUGGAAGACUGGACUGAUAUUCUCAACAGGUGGUAUGGUUAUUACCAAGAUGUUGCAGGAAUAUCAGAAGUCCAUAAAGCACAGGAAAGAGUCAAUUUGUUGAUAGACGACAUGUCAAAGAUUUCAGCACAGCGUCAAGAGCUUCAAAUUACCAUCAGUGAAUUACAUCACAACCUCAAUCAUGUACACAGCCGUAUUGGCAAAAGCACCCCUUACAGUGAAGAGCACACCCAACUGUUUGACCAAGCUCGCCAUUUGUUCACAAAUUUAGAAGCAAUGAAGAAGGAAUUCCAGUUGAUGGAGUCCCGUGAACGCGAAUGCCUAACAAACGUGAUGUUCGCCAUUCGUGUCAGUCACGAGAAAGAAAGAACUCAGCAGCAACACACAAAUUACAGAACGCUCAUGGUGUCCCUGCUGUCAGCUGCGUUCGGGUCCGUGGUAGCGAUCAUGACAAACAUGAAGCGUACGCGUGACACGCACGAACGCAUCCAACAGACCGAGUUGCACGCAGGUAAGCUGCACCAGGAAGCUCUACAGCACACUGAUGACCUGCAUGAGAAGACCAGCAGCCUCAUCAUGCGACUCGGCGAGUCUCUUGCUGCGUUAUCUAGUGACAUUGCCUGUGCCAUCGCUGAUAAGUCCCAAGAAUCUUCAUUCCAGGUGUACGAGACCAAAGAAAAUAUUAGUUUAUAUAAAGUUUCUAUUUAUAUGGCAACAGGAGCUGCGUUAGGAACUUUAAUGGCUGUCAUAGUGUGUAAUAGUAUUCGAUAACCUAAUGGUAUCCAAAAGUAGUCAGACUAUUCCGUUUCAUUCCCUUUAACAGUGUCACAGUCUAGUCAAAAGAGAAGAAGUUAUUCAAUGCGAUGCUUCCAUUAUGUCAACCCAGGCCGCAUUUGUUAAAUUACGCAUCCGAAAAUAUAUACUCUCGUGACUGAAAAAUUUAGCAGCUGAGAAGCUCAAGUUCAUUAGCACUACCAGAUCGGCAUGUAACUCGAGUGUGCUCUGGUUUUAUUCGGUGCUUAAUAAUAAGUUUCGCUCGACGAUGAAAUUAUCUUCCUUGCCCAAGGUAUUUUUUGCCUGAUUUUCAUAUGUCAGUUCAUUGCUGUAACUGCUACAUGCAGGGAAAAAAUCGUUGAGUGAAAUUCAGUGACGAAUGAUCUCUGAAUUCAGUAAAUGCAUGCAUGAAGCUGCUUUUUACUGUAAAUUUGUUACAUCAUGAUAAAUGAGGUUAAUUCAAAACUCGCACCGAUAAUGUUUAUACCGAUUCUAUUGAGUGUCAAACAAUAUUAUUGUUGCAGUUAUUGACCAUUUUGCUGAAUAUUCUAUGGGCGUAAACUCAUUUAAAGUAUUUUUAUAGCAUAGAUUGUUUCAUCUUAGCAAAAGCGCUGACUUCAAUUGGUAUUAGCUUAGGUCAAUACAUGAGAAUUUCAAAUGUGUACGAAUUAUAAGAAUUCAUUAGGAUGAGCUAUUCGAAUAGUCUUGACCACCUCAGGACAACACUUCUUAUUUACUCAAUUGUGCAUCAGUUCCAACCUUGAUACAUAUCUUCAACAGGUACCAAACGGUGAUAUAUGUAGGUAGUUUUACAAUUUUAUAUUUUAUCGAAGGUGUGUUUAUUAAUUUCCUUGUGCCAAGAGGUUUGCAUGAGGUUACAGUUUGUCAAGCUUCUGACUAAAUAAUUGUAAUUUCUAAACGUAAUAAGUGAUUAUUGCGCUGUGUUCUGUAAUAUUCUUGGUUUUUCAACUUUGAACUUUUUCAUCCAUUUAUGAUGAAAAUUAUUUAUUGACCAAUAUGUAGUCCAAUGCCUUUUUUUUCAAGCGUCAAUCGAAAAAAUAGUUGCAAUUCAAUUGCUUAAUGAGAGCAUUCGAUAUUAAACAUGCACUGUCAAAACGAGACUAGAUUAAUUUGUGCAGAACUAAACGGAGGCCAUCGAUGAAUAUCUCCUCAGUAUGUGCUCCCAGUUUUGGUCCUGUUGACAGAAGAAUUUUUAAAAUAAUUUUAACUGAAUAUCUUGAAUCCUUUGCUUACAGUUGGAUAAAAUUUCGUCUAUGCAAUUUAAAUUUAAAGGCCUGGUAACUAAAACCUCCAUCAGACGUUACAAAUUUAAUACAAUAGUAGCCAAAGCGUAUGAAGCUCAAACGUUUGGUUCGAGUCUACCUUUUUCAAGACUACUCAAUGUCACCAUUGGUAGAAAGUGUCUAAAAAACGUAGCAUUAAUUAACUAACGAUACCUUUUAUUCAUAAGCUAAUGAUUAGCUUCGCUAAAUUGAAUACUUAUGCAUUAGAAGCAUGUGAUCUAAACUAAUCAUAAGCACAUAAGGGUAUUGUAACUCAAAAAUUUAUCUGAAAAGGGUUUUUAUACCUGUUCAUUGUACUGUAGGCGUGUUAGCUUGUCGACUCAGCCGCUCAGUGUGCGUGAAAGCAACAGUUUUGGAGUGACGUCCUCUUCGAGCCUGAAACAUCGCACUUUUGAUCAUCUAUACAACUUACGACAACCAAACUCAUUUCAUUCAACAGGCACGCAUUUUGUUAUAAAUAAGGGUGAUCUUAUUAGCAAUCGAAACCCAGGUAUUAAAGUUGUCUAUUUAAUUAAUGAACAUUACCAAAAUUUUAGAAUUUUGAAUUUCUUGUUCGACAGCAAAGACAAUAUUGUGAAGGUGA